UCUUUGCCGCCGACGCGAGUCCACUUUCUGACCUACCUUACCUGACCUCGUCUUGAGAGUCGAGCUACCUGACCCCCAUCUCCCCAGAAGCUGUUGGACGUCAAAGAUCAGGAACCUUCAACACUCCUCUCUCCAGCAGUACUUCUUGGCUUGAUAACUGGGUUGAAACCGACAAGAUGUCAGCGGACGACCAGCAGUUCUUGGACGUUCUGUCCUCACUGCCCAACAAGAUCCGGGGCUACUCCGACGACCUCGCCAACCUCAUCAACCCUACCGUCGAUAAGGCUGCACAGGCCGUACGAGAGACGCUCUCCACCUCAGAAUGGCUGCCCGACUCGGUGCGGCCGAAGCCCCCCGUCCGCCAUAUUCCUAUCGAGGUGAUAGCUAUGAGCCGGUACGAGAGGUUGCACGGCUGGGUAAAGGAACACAAGCUGCUGACCGGUGCCAUCGUCGCCGUCGUGGGAGUCGUGGCAUACCGAUCUUACAGGAGUAGCAGGUUCUGCAAGAAGACGCGCCGGGCGAAACGGGCUAGGAACGGCGGCCGUCUCGAGGUUGUCGUUAUCGCAGGCUCACCGACACUACCCUUGACAAGGUCGCUAUCACUCGAUUUCGAGAGGAGAGGAUUCAUUGUUUACAUCGUAUGCAACGCCGAGGAGGAUGAGAGCAUGGUGCACAGCUUGGCAAGGCCCGACAUUCUGCCUUUGACCAUUGACACAACGGAUCCUCCCAGAGCUGGCGCUGCCAUCGACAGCUUCGCGCAGUACCUUCAAUCACCACACGCCCCGGUACCGCGGACGAGGCCCAACCACCUACAGCUCAAGUCCGUCAUCCUCAUCCCGUCGCUCAACUACCAAACGUCACCGAUCGCCACUAUCCCGCCCUCCAGCUUCGCAGACCUCUUUAACACCCACCUGCUCCACCCCAUCCUGACCAUCCAAGCCUUCCUGCCGCUCUUGACGACUCGCCUUAGCCCGCCCGGAGAGAAGUGGACGCCGCCAAAGGUCCUCGUCUUCACGCCGUCCAUCAUCUCCUCCAUCAACCCCCCGUUCCACGCCCCCGAAGCAACCGUCUCCUCCGCCCUAUCAGCCUUCACCGAGGUCUUGACGGCAGAACUCCGACCCCUCGGUAUCCCCGUGACCCACAUGCAACUGGGCACCUUCGACUUCACCGGCUUCCAGCCCGCCAAGCACACCCACCCUUCCCAGAGAGGUCUCCUCGAAGGCGGACCCGGCAUCGACGCCGACGCCACAGAGACCCUCAUGUGGCCCGAGAACGCCCGCCACGCCUACGGACGCAACUUUGUCAUGCAGAGCACCUCCGCCAUCUCGGCCGGCCGCAUCCGCGGUCUGAAGGGCAGCUCCCUCCGCCACCUCCACAACGCAGUCUUUGACGUCAUUGACGGGUCCAUCACCAGCGGCACCGUCCGCGUCGGUCUCGGCGCCAGCGUCUACGGCUUCGUCGGCCGCUGGGUGCCUCGCGGUCUCGUCUCGUGGAUGAUGGGCAUCCGCCGCGUGGACGAGCUGUCGGCGUGGCAGACCAGCUCUUAUGAUGGGUCGCUCGACGGUAGUGAUAACGACGAGGGCCAGGAUUUUGUCGCUGUGCCUGAUGAGAAGUUGGAUAGCAACGUGUGGAAGUCGUCUUAGAAGGACUUGGGCUUGGCUAGCGUCUCUUGCAUCACAUCGGGAAGUACCUUCACAGAGGGUGCAAGAAACCGAUUGAAUGAACCCUAGGCAAGAUGCUUAACUAGGCAUGGGGGCCAACGGCCUAGCCGGCUGAUCAUAGCCGACGACUCGGGCUAUCGAGAGACGCGCUUAGGCGAUAGGGUUAUGAGCAAUCUAGCCUGCGUCAGCGAGCGAAACCGAGACUUGGCUCACAAAAGGCUUAUGAUUGACGAACUCCACUCGUAUCCAAAGGGAAAGACAUCCGUAUCACUACUCGUUGGAUUAAGCGUAUAUAAUCAUGAUAGUAAUUCAACGUUGUAUCGUGGUUGGGCCUGCGGCUCACUACACCCCUUCUCUC